AUGGAUGUGGUUGCUUGCUUUCGUUUUUCAGAUUGGCAUGAUUAUCUGACAUGCUACUACAGCGAAGAGAAAUUGAUCCUGAAUUGUUCUUGGUUGCCCCUACCCCAUGCAACGGAUUCUCUUGUGUAUACUGUGUUUUUAAAAUGGAAAUUGGAAACAAAGCAACACUGUGAAAAGGUGGAAACGACCCUGCCUCUUUUAACAAGAAGAAAGCAUCAUAUUCGCAUUCAUGCAAACGUGACCGUGUGGGUAUCGGGCCGCUAUUCCCACGAGGGAUGUAUGACAACAAAGAAAAUUUCAUUCGUGCCCAGCAAAACAAAGAAAUGUCCUUCACCCUUCAGAAUAAGAGCUUAUCAGUUGUUCCACAAAUUAAUAAUUAUGUGGGACUCACCAAGAGAUGUACUGCAGUAUGAAUUGCGAUACAAGGAAGCAACGCAAGCAACCUCAUCCUGGAUAUCAGUUCCUAUAGAGAAUGGGACCUUUAAUGCAACCAUCUUCAACGUAGAUAUAUCAUCAUCAUACAUUGCUUGCCUCAGAUGUAAACCCCCUGGUAAAAGUUGUUCUGUUUGUGCUUGGAGUGAAGACAUUGUGAUCCCACAUAAGCUUACUGAAAAGCCGGCCAUUGUGGAAAAUGCAACUGAAAAGAUAGCACAAGGAAAAAUAAGUAUCUUUCUUAAAUGGAAGACAACACAAAGCAGGCAUACCAUUGGUUACAAUAUAAGCGUCGAAAGAAUACCCCGCUAUUGCCGCCACAUACUGACAUACCUCAACAUAACAGAGAACUGGGUGCAUCUGAAUCUCUCCAUGGCUUAUUACAGAAUCAAAAUUUCUGCCUACAACGAAGCAGGAGAAUCCCCUCCACUAACAUACCUGGUUCCAGAUUUCACUGCAAAACCUAUGGAUUUACCUGGCCAGUUCAACCUAUCAAAUCAGCAAAAUUAUUCUGUUAUCACCUGGGAUCUAAAACACAGUUCAGAUUGCAUUGUCAUCGACUGGGGCACUGGAUUAGAAGACAUGAAGAUUCAUGUUUCUACUGGCAAUGUCUGUGUCUACCAUCUAGAUGGCCUCCAACCAUAUAAGUUAUAUAAAGUAACAUUUCAUGCAUUUGACUGCCAGUGUGAGGAUUUCAUGGAGCGUGAAUGGACGCUGGCCAGGACUUACUUCUAUGCAGUGGAAGGAGUUCCCAAAAUAGGUCCAGCUAAUGUAACCGUUCCAGUUGUGACGAAGCAGUCAGCUGUUGUGAAAUGGGCUGCCAUACCUAUAGAAGAGUGCUUAGGAUUCCUUCUGGGUUACAGAAUUCGCUACACAGAAAUCUUGAAAAACCUCUCUGUGGCUGUUACUGUCAGCCCUUCAACUCAGCAGUACCUCAUGACAGGACUUAUGGCAAAAACUCUUUAUAGAGUGCAGACCUCAGGACUCACCAGUAAGGGAGAAGGAGCUCAAAGCCAGCCACAAAUUUUUACUACCCUGAAAUAUGAUCCUGGGGAGUUUGAAGAAAGUGUGGCUGGCCUCUGUCUUGGCCUCAUGGUGACCAUGACUGCCACUGCCAUGCUUUGUUUCCUGAUACUUAAAAGAUCAAGAAAGCUAUGUUGGCCAGCUGUACCAAAUCCAAAAUAUAGCACUGCUCUGCUGAAUAUGGAGAGAACCACACCAGUGGUUCUUCUGGGACCCAGUUUACAGACUCCGUCACAAGCAUAUAAUGAAGCCAAUGAGCUUUAUGUGGUAAAUGAUGAUUCAGAGACACUGUUAAGACAAGGAUCCCUUUUUCCAGGUGCAGCUACAAUGGUUUCCACAGACCAUUCUGAAGCAGUUGCAAGGCAAAUACUGGACACUGCUCUGAAUCCUUUGAAAAUCCAUGACCAAGUCAGCAGCGGCGAGAAGGGGAAACUUGGCAUUCACACUGAUUAUAUUGGUGUGGCUGUCAGUCAAAGAGCAAUGCAGAAGCUCUCGACACAUCUCCCCAAAGGAGCAGCCCAUCUAGAGAGGAAGUUGAUCAACAAUUCAAGAAGACAACCAGCAGCAUACACCGCUCAAAAUCCUUUGAUGCCGAGCCAGGGGGUGCUUAGUCCAGCAACUUUGUCCUUAGAAAUGUCAAAAUUUGAGCAAAAUCAUCAUGAAUCACUUGUAGGGAUGAACAGCAAUUAAAAGACGGAUGCUGGCAGUAGGGCAUGUCAUUUUAGGGGUGAAACUUAAUUUUUGCAAGUAUAUUCAGUGAAGGGUCUAAAAAUAUGUUAUUGGCAUGAGGAGUUAAAAUCUGCUGUUAGUUUUGUGAUUGGACAUUUAGGUAAAGACUACAAAGUUUGCAAUUUUGAUUUUUAUGCAAUUUUGCACAAUGUUUCACACACAUAAAAAUAAGACAAGUUUAAAAUGAUUGUAAAUUCAACCAAAAUGUACAAUGUCAAUAUUUUAAUGUGGUUACUUAGCAAGCAAAACUAAAUUGUUAUCAGUUUAACCAAAAUAUAUUUUGAAUUCCCAAGUCAUGUUGCAACUUUUUGAGUCUCUGAGGUGUACUUGCCUGGAGGCAGAGUCAGCAUCCAAUGUCAGGUCCAGUCCUAGGGUUGGGUGAACAGCAAUCUGUGUGGCCUGGCGGUCCAGGGUAUCUGAUGAUCAUGAGCUCAAGGGCCAAGACAAGCAGGAGGCAGCAAGGAACUACAAGCGUUGUUACAAACUGCUGCUGGAAGCUGUGCUUAAGAAGGCUGAAGCCAGCUGGUUCUCAUCAGUGCCAUCUCCUGUGUUUCCUUGAAGGCUAAUCAGCUGCAGGUGGAGUCACUCCACCUUCUUCCCCUUCAGGCUGCUGUUCAGCAGGCAAAGCUGAC